AAAUACCAAGCAAGUGGAGUAGCAGAACUUCAUACUUACCUGCCAGGAUAUAACCAUGAUCAACAAGGUGGUUGUAUAGGUGGUGGCUGCUGGCAUUGCACUAAAGCUGGGGCUGCCGCUUCGAACAUCCUACGGGGUGUCUCGACUGGAUAA